GAACCGAACAUGGCGUCCAACGAAAAUAACAUACAGUCCACGGUCGGCAUUUUUUUCGUAACGCAAUGAUUGUAAAUAUAGGCGCAAUAUUUGAACGGUGAACGUGAAAAGUGUCCUCGUCAAAAACGAGUUUUAUUGGUGUAUAAGAAAAAAAUUCAAAAUAAAUAAUAAUAAUGGAAUUGUGUAGAAUUUGUGAUCGACCUUCGUCCGAAGUGCGGAACAUCUUCAGCAAAAACGUUGACGGUAAACAAAUCUUGCAGUUGAUCAGAGAAACUUUACCAACCGUUAUUUAUAGAAAUGAUCCAUUGUCAAAACAUAUAUGCCUUAGCUGUUUGGAAAAUGUCGAUAAGAUACAUAAUUUUCGAAAGAGUUGCCUGAAAGUUGUUGAUAACCACAAGGAAACUUUAAAAGGAAAUCAAAACAAAGAUGUUCUCUUGUAUCUUCAGUUAUUAGAUAGUAUUGACCAGAAAGAGUUAUGGAUGUAUUCAUCACCAAUCAAGAAAACUUUCAAUAAAGAGACCCCAAUGUGCUUUAAUUGUAAAACUGAGAUAUUCUCGCCCAAAACCGAAAAACCAUUUAAAAAGUAUAAGGAACUACCUCGAAAAUCCGAUGAUGGAGAUUCACUUACUAAUGGAUAUGAUGAUUACGAAUUAUCGCCCAAUAUUCACAAUAAACGAAAACGUUUACCAAUCGUCGAUUUGGAAUCGAUUACUGCCGGUUCAUUACCGAAACGAAAGAAAAUAAUAGGUCCAAAAUGCGUCAGUAGACCAUUCAUAAAAAGUAGUUAUACGGAAACCAAAACGUAUAAUCCUUUAAACCUUUUAAACCUCGCGUUAAAUGUUGUUAACAAAUCAAUUGUACCGGAUAUAAUUACGGAACCACUUGACUAUUACGAAGAAAAUAUUUGUAUUGAAGAAGAAUUAACUUACGCUUGUGAAUAUUGUAUGGAAGUUUUUGAUGAUCAAAAUGAACUUGCUAAACAUGAAUUAAAACAUAUGAAAAUUAAUCUAACUCGUGUUGAUAACAUUGAAAUUUGGAAUACUUCUUUUGAAGAGUCGUCAAUCCGCAACAAAUGGCUACGUAACUUGUACGGUGAUGAAUAUUUAUUCGAUGAAAACGAAGAAGACGAAAAUUUGUUAGUUCCUUUGAGUGAAUCAGGAGAUGAAAUGUCUGGCGAUAUUGAAUUGGUUGAUACAAAACCAGUUGUAAACGGCGUUUCUUUAGCUGAUAUUCCAAAAAGCGAACGAAGAUUGUACUAUAAUAGAAACUAUGUCGUUAACGGAAUAAAAAGAAAAUUUUGUCCGUUAUGUCGAUAUACGUUUAAAGACAACUGGGCGAUAGAACUACAUUAUUUUUCGAGCGCGUGUUAUUACGCUUGCCGAUAUUGCGGCAUUCGUUUUAACAAACAAAGAGCGAUUUUUGAUGAACACGUUAAUCUUCACAUACAACGCGGAGAUCCAAUUAGCGACAAAGUGUACGCGUCGAAGAAGAAAAAUGAUCCAAUACCGAAAGUUCUUUGCCAAGGAAAUUCGAGAACAUCCGUUUGCAUCAGUCCACUUCUACCUGAAAGUGGCACCCCCAAACUUAGAGUUAUCAAACCGAAACCUAUUGAACUCGAAAAUUCAGUUGUCGAAAGUGAACAAAAUCCACCUACACCUACCACUAGUGGACCUACAACUAGCGGAGGACAAAGUCAAGCUUAUUUCUGUCGAAAAUGUUAUAAAGUGUUUUUUAUGUUGAAUGAAUUUAAUCAACAUACUGAAAUUUGUCAAGGUAUCAUUGAGGAUGAAAAACCAAAUAUAUCUCAAGAUAGAAAACUAAAUAUAUCUCAAGAGAAGAAACCAACCCCAGUGAAAGUCGAACCAAAACCACCACCAAAAUACCAUCGAGGUGUAUUAACAAUGCCCGCAUCUUUAAAACUAAACGAGGCAACAAUAAAGAUUUCAUCAACAGGUCGGCCGGUAAGAAAUUGCGUUCGCGAUGUAAAAUACAAAGAUCAUCUUGAUAUCGAUAUUGAAUCGGAAGAAAAUACAAAUACACGUCCAAAACCGGCGGCGCAAACAUUCGAUUUUGAAUGCGUGGUUUGCCACGCGAUUUUCCCAACAAUGUUAUCCAGAAACAGUCACAUGCGCGUGCAUAAAAACGGUUAUAAACCGCCAGCUCAUAAACAGGAAUCGCAUUAUAAUAACACCUACGAAUCUUACGACGAAGUUGUAUCGUUUAAACAAGAACCAUUGGAACCGUUGGUGGAAAUACAUGAAACCAAUACGGAACCAGAACAAGAACUUUCGAGUAAUAUCGGGGCUGUUAGUAUAACGCCGAUUCCGAAUAAACGUCAUAGAACCCAGAUUAAUCCAGAUAUAAUGCGAUUGGUACAAAGUAAUCCCAAUAUAACGAUAAGGACGAUGACCCAAUCGCCUUUAGAACCGCAAACUUUGCUUACUGAAGGCGGUAGUGGAUCAGAUGAUGGAGUAAGAACUUAUAAAUGUUCAAGUUGUAAUCAGUCGUUUACAAGUAAGUCUACUUUAUAUUUUCAUAAGAAACACCAAUGUGAAGGGUCAAGAUUUCCAUGUCCGUUUUGUAAGAAACGAUUCGGUACUGAAUCUGCUUACAGCGCGCAUAUUUUUUAUAGUCACCCUGAAUGAGAAAAAUUAUAAAAAUAUAAAAAAGAUAAAAUGCGCCGUUUAACUUUGUAAAUAACUUUUGCAGAGACUUUAUGAAUUAUUUUUUUAUGUUACUUCUAACAUACAAAAUCAGUUAUUAUCCAUAAUAUCUAUCAAUUUUAGGAAUAAUGCAAUAUUAUAAUUAUAUUCUGCAUGAAACCUAAAGAUCUCAGUAGUUAUCUAUACAAAAUCAUUACUAUUUUAUGUUAUUUUUACGCAAACGAUGAAGUUCUUCAUUUUUAUUUGAUUUACUUUUCCGAAUUUUAUGUUGAAGUAAAGUGACCACUAUAAGAAUUUAGUGGCAAAUAAAAUAUUUUGUUAUAAUUCUCUGUUAUAAACCCUAUCUUAGCCAAUUAUCAUAAUUAAUCUAUAAAAUUGAUUAAAAUGGAGCAGUUUAAAACGUUUCUAUUAUGUUGUAGUGUAGAUAGUGUGUAGGGUUGGAUUAAAAACCUCGUUUGGCUGCUAUAUUUUACCCAAUUUGAAUUUAAAAUUUAUAGAAUCAAAACGUUGGGUAGGCUGAAUUAAAAUGGGUUAAAAAUGUUUGAAAAUCAUAUAAAUUAAUUACACAUUUCAAUUGAAGUGUGGUUAAAACAGAUAUUUUUUGUUUUGACUUAAAUUUUAAAUAGUAAGAACAAAAGGCUUAUUAGUUGUUAAAUCUUUGGAUGUAAUACUUUGUAAGUGUUGUCGUUUUUAUAGAUAAUUCCUAUAUCUUUAAUUAUGCAUUAUUCCUAAAAUAUCUGUUAUUAUGGUUACUGAUUUUUGAUUCAAACAUGAAUAUAUACAGAGUGUAUUAUGAAUCAUGCUAUAAUUCUUUUCACAAUUUGGUUUUUUUGUUUAAUCCAACCUAAAAAUAUACAGGGUGAAAUUGACCAAUUUGACGUUUCGUUAAGCAAAUGCAACAAAAUCUCUUAUAAUUUUAGGGAAAUUGGGAUUUAAUCAGCUUCUAAGUUUACCAUCAUUUUAAUUUUGUAAUUUUCAAGACUACAAGUAAAGAUAAUUACGAAAACUGUUUCUUAGGAUGGAACAUUUUUAUUAACAAUUUCAUGACCGGUUCAUUACAUUUAUUUCUGUCUCAUUCCAAAUUUGCAAAUAACGAAAGAGUCAAUGAUAGUUUAUAUUAUUUAUAAACUAUAUUUAUUAGUGUUAUUAGUAAUAUACUGGCGUACAACAAUCGCCUUGCCAGUAGUAGCAUUAUGGUGUUUACCCUUGGUGUUAACCAAUCUUUUCUAAAAUUGGGAUGUCGUUAAAAAGCAGGAAAUUAAUUAUUUAUUUAGUUCAGAUUGGCAACAACAUUUAGUCUCUACUUUCUAGGAAAUUCGCUGCACGUCACUGUGAUAUUAUAUCUCUGGGCGCACUUAGUUGUAUAUUUUCAUGUAUCUCAAAGGUGUAUUUUCUUUCUAUCCGUUAAACAAAAUUCCCGCACUUCAAAAUUAGGAAUGCAAACUAACAUCGAGACAGAUUACUUUGAACACUCAACUUACGAGUGCAGGUUAAAAUAGAUGAGGUGACCUUGACUAAGUUUGUAGUUGAGCUUGAUCUCAAGGUUUAAGUUACCUGGUAUGAUAGCCUUAAAUAUUUUUAACGUGACGCUGGCGGUCCUUCUCUAAGGACAGAUCUCAAGGGUAAGGAUCAUCUGGUUAAAUUAAGUGUUAAUCUUCACUUCUAUUUGCUGAUUGACAAAUAUCUACCUCAACCACGAAGGUUAUGGUCACUCGAUGUGACCUUGACAUCGGGAGGUUCCAGGAAGAAAUUCAUCAAUCAGUCAAUACCUACUACUGGUGUGAUUUUAAACAUUUCAUCACAACAAACCUUAAUAGUAUACAUGUGUCGGGUUAUUUAGCAGCCCAACCAAAUUUAAAAUAAUCCUAGCUCCAAAACAUAAUGAACGCAAGGUUGUUGAUACACUGACAUUUAUUACUGACAGCUGGAUGUUAACUGCAGCUUAGUAAGCCUGGAUUCAGCUGCUACACUGCACGUUUUUUGUCGUAUUCCGUUUUAAUAGGAUAGAAAAACCAUCGGAGUUUCAUAUGAUUAAUUUUUCUUUUAGGUAAAAAAGGAAUUUCAAAAAAAUUUUGAAACAUUUUCAUAUUAUGUAUUCGCUACUUGUUGACUCCCAUCAUCGACGUCUCUAUAAAAUAACUGUAUUGGGUAGUUGCUUUAAAUCAACAUAAACAAAGUUAUACAAAUUGCUGUGAAAAGUCUCACACCUAAGCGAUAGUGGGAAAUAUCACUAACAUUAUGCUUUAUUUCCAAAAAUUCAAUCAAUACCAAAUAUAAAAACUAUCACCACAAAGUGAUAGCUUUUGUGUCAUAAUAAAUUGUUGUGAAUUCUAAUUUUAACUUAUCUGUGAUAAAUUAGAAUCAUUUAAUCACAACAAUCAUUUUCAAAUACCCUGCAGAAAACAUCUCCAUCUACUACAUCAAAUUAUAAGGUGAUAAUUUUAAACUGUGCCUACUUCACAUUAAUAAAGAAAAACAAAUUAUAAACCUUUAUCAAAAUUCACAACAAAUUCAAAAUUCCUAUUCCGAUUUAGGUACACAUUUUGAUCUAUUGAAUGUGAUUCAUCAAAUCGAAAACUUACGUAUCUCUAGGUUUUAGUUCCUCAUGCUUCAUCAUAUUUACUUCCAUAAGCUGUAUCCAAACCACAAUACAAGAAGGAGUGGUGUAGGUGUAAGGAUUAGGUAGAUUAAAAAAUAUCUUUUAUUUUUACCACGUUAAUUAUUCAUGCGCUUGUUAUUCGAAGAUGUUCCUUAAUGUAGCGAAGUAGGAUUUAUUGUCUAACGUGGAAGAUGUUAUAUCAUCAAAUUGAAAACUGUUGAUUUUGGGAACUGAGGCAGCUGCUCGCGAAGACGUUGGAUGUAGGAAAAGUCUGAAAAGAACUAAUUUCAUUUUCAUAUUUGCGUAACGUAAAGAAUAGAAAGUUUACCAUGUCAAACCAAGUUUGAUACAAGUUUUUUUCUCUUUUUCAUUCAAUUAUUCUUUAGUGACCUCUUGCUAUAGAUAGCAAGAAAGUACAAAAUUUUCUUUAUUUAAUAUAACUAAAUUAUGGAACUUCACUUCAUUAAUAAAUGUCGUAGGCGACAUCUUUCCUAGUUGCAUUUUAAAAUUGUAAAAUAUAACUGUAAUACAUUUUAAAAAUUUAUUACCGUAAUAUUUUUAGAAUUUCAUGGAAUUUAUCAUUUUCUCCCCUGACUAUUACUGUUUCAUGGUAAUAUUACUUUUAAUACUGACGAUUAAACUGCACGUUAAGCACACGCGUUUUGUUGUGCAUAGUAAAAAACUUUAUUAUAUUGAACAAAUAAAUUAUAUUUAAAUUAAUUCUUAGUUCUUGUCCAUUUUUCAAAAAUUAAAUUUGUAGUUUGAUUUUUUUCUGAUAUCUAUUACAUACAAAGACACAUAAGAUAACAGUUUUUCAUAAAAUAUUAAUCAAUCGACAGUUGGUAAAAUCAACAGUAUUAGAUGUUGGUUUUACAAAUUUUCUGUAUUAAUUUUAUUUAGAAAUCUGCUAUUUUAUAAUGCAACAGAUCAUAUUAAGCAUAUACAUUUAAUACAGUCGCACAAUUCACACUAUUUAAUAUUUUCAAAUUUAGCCCAAUUUAUAUUUACUAUAUUCAUUCAUUAAAAUUGAUUUCAGAAUCUUUUUUCCAUGGUUUGUGGUGAUUUCAAGAAAUUUCUUUUACCAUACCAUUUUAUACAGGGAUACACCUCACAUAUUUAAUAUUAUAUUUAUUUUCUUAAAUUUUGCGAAAGAGCACAUCUUCACGGUUUUUAGUCAUUAAGAAGUAUUGGUUUUCUGAUUGAAUAAAUAUUUAAAGGGCUGGCAUAACAAGUACUUCUGGAUUAGGAAUACCCUUUGUUCAAAUAAUUUAUUUAAAUUAAUGUUAAAUUGGACCAGAUUUACCCAGUUCUGGCUUCAUUUCCAGCGUUCGUGGUAGAACCAGUGUGUGACAGUUAUAAAUUAAAAAUAAUUUUAUUCUAAACUAACUUCUAAAAAUAUUAUAAUGAAAUAAACUUUUCAAAUCAUUCAUAAAGUUUCAUUUCAUAAAUUUAGAAACAUUAACAUUUUUAAUAGAGGUUUUGUGUUAUUCCUUUUUUUGAGCUUUCUACCUCUCGACGAAUUUCAUUCCUUCUUCUCUGUUCUAAUAUAGCGCUGGGAAUUCUUUUGUUAGCUUUUAAAAAUGUUAAAGAAAUUAUAAGAUUGUUAUUAUUUUUCCAAUUAUAGUGUGAUUAUUGUUUGUGCUAUAAAUGUUUUCGUUUAAUUCAUCACAUUUAUUCUCAAAUAAGAAUGUUUCUUCUUCCAACAUUGUGUUUUCAUUUUCAUCACAAUUGUUCAUGAUAAUUUUCUCUACAUCAUAUUGUACAUACUUGUAAUCUCUUGGCAAAUGAAUAAUUACUUAACUUACAUUAUAAAAUUUUACACAAACAAUAACAACGAAUUUCUUCGUUUGUUCCUUCUAAUACAUUCACAAGAUAAUCUUUUACUUUAUUUGUUCCCCGAAACACAAUAAAUAUCAAUGGAAAAUAUUCUACACGUAGUAAGGCCACACCUAAGGAAGUACGCUCUUAGUGUUGCAAAAGGUAAUAGAUUCUUUUGUAUAGAUUUUGAUUACAAGCAACUAUCACAUGCAUCAUUUACUUUAAAACCUCCAACACAAGUAGUCCUAGUACACUUUAAUUUUGUACAUAAUUAUGCCAUUACCAGCUCUCAUUUUGUAUUUUUCAGUUAUUUCCAAUUUAUAUUUCUUCGUAUCUGUCAUUUACACCAACAUCGAUUAAUUUUCAAUAAGUUCUGGUACUCUUUUUAAUACUGUAUAUAAACAUAUGUAUGUACAUUUUCAGGUCAACCAUAAACAACAUUAUAGCAAAUUAAGCAUUACCCUGUAAAAUAAACUCAAGUCUUUUUUGUUUGCAACCAAAAGUCUCAUCACCUUCGAAACUGCAAUCUGCCCCAAAAAAAUCUUUUUCUUGGAUUUUAUAACGAGGUGAUUGGGAAAAAUUGUUGAUAAUUGGCGAUUUUAUCAAGCUCAUCUAGAUACAAUUUGGCAAUAUACUUAUAAUUAGGCCUGUUUUGGUUUAAGAGUUCUGUCUAGAAAUUGAUCGGCCAAGAUGACUUAAACGAAACACUCACAUAUAAGGCAUUCGUCCUGGUUGACCAACGUUUAUGUCAAUAAGUUUUCUCCAUUUCUCCUCUUCCAUUUUUCUAUAUGUUUUUCUUGAUUAGCAUAUACUCUCAAAAUAGGCUAUGUACUUGUUUAUGUUUGUUGAUUUAAAAUGAUAAAAUCAAUGCACGCAGGAUAAAAGAACACAAAACUAGUUACAGUAUCUGUGAAUUUCGUGCAUUCUUAAAUAAUGAAAAAGGAAUGGCAUCCAUUUUAGGUGAUGUGUUCUUGAUCACCUCUAUUAGACUUGUUUUGGUUCUAGAGUUCUGUAGUCCCGAACAGUUCUGAAACUUUCUGCGCAUACGUCUAAUAUGCAAUAUGUAUGCGCAGAAAGAUUGUUGAACUGCAGAACUUUUGAAACUACAUAACUCUUGAAUCAAAACCGGCCUAAUCUGUUAAUAUUUUUGAUCUGAGAUUUCAAAACACCAGACACUUUAUAAAUACUAAAAAACACCUCCGCAUGGCUGCCAGUUGCUGCAAAAUGGUUUUGGAUGAUUGUUGUGUUAGUGGUUUGGCUUCAAUAGACGCUGUCUUACAAGAGAAGCCAUAUGUAGCCAGAAAGGUGGAUGUGUUAAUAAGACUUGGUUAUUGAGAACAAAAUUUCUAAUGUUUAGAAUAUUUGCAACUGAUUCUUCUACAGUGGUAUCAUACAUGGUAUCAGGGAUAGCAUCAUAUCCCAGGAACACAAGUUUUACUUUACGUCUACUUCAACAAUAACCUCUCAUCAUCUGUUGUGUCUAAUAUAGAAUUUUAUUGUAAUCUGCUCUUAAUCUGGACUCCUUAGCAGUAUUCAUUUUAAUCGUUCGUGCCAUCCCGAAGGUUUUGUAUUACUUUUGUAAUUCAAACUUGCUAUUUAAAAACUGUGUAAUGCAAUUCUACCAAAAAGUUAAUUUUAUGAUUGACAUCAACCACAUUAAAUAUUUCAAAGAAGAACUGUGUUUAACUCAACAAUUCAAAACUUGGGAAGUUUUUUUCGAAUACCAAGCCGCAUUGGAACAAACACUGCAACGAGGGCGUCGCAUAUUUAGGACCAAAGAAGAUCAUUAAAAUCGAUCGCCGAAUGACAGAAAAUCAUUAUCAGUUACUUUAAACUUAUCGAUCUUUUUAAAACCUACAUGAGUGAACUAAUUCAAAUCAACACAACGCAUUCUUUGGAGUUUUCAAACUUGUAUGUAUACCGCAAUAACAUCAAGGUUAAAUUACAUCGCAGAUGAAUGUAUCAAGAGAAUGAUGAGGAUAUUUCAUCGAUGCCUUUUAAGACUAUUCGUUAUUUAUUGUGUAUAAUAGCAUGUCCAUAAAUAAAAAUCAAACAUUUCAAGUGCAAUGUGUGGACUGCUAGUUGGAACAAAUGUAAUUUAGGAGCUGAUUCAUUUCCUGAAAACAGACACAGUGUAAAUUAAUAGAUAUUACAGAAAUUUAUUUAUGGUUUAUUUACAAAGAACUUUAUUUUUGUCUUCAACGAAAAAGAAAGUAUUUCUACAAAAUCAAAGUGGUGAUACUACAAAAUGAACAAAUCAAAAAACUUUUAUACUUAAAAUUAUAGUUUUGACUCAUAAUCACUCUGUAUCACCCUGUAUAAUAUGUUAAAGGAGGUAUUAAACCUUUAGAGUUUCUCUCUUCUUUUUUUAAUAAACUUUAUAAGUUGCAGAUUGUACAAUUUUCUAAUUUGUUUUGAAUCGAUUGUAAAUUUAAGUUCGUAUGAGUAUAAGAUUUCUUGAUGUCUAAAGGAAAUUUAAAAAGUAUUUAAUUUGGCAAGCAUCAUUUCAGAGAACGAAUAAAAAUAAUAAACUUAUUAAACAGUUUUGAUCUGUAAAUAUUUCGAUUUUUUUAUUUAAAUUAAAAUUGAUUUCAACAAAAUCUAGGUGCCAUCAAGUAAUAGACCAAAUACUUUUUACAUUUUCAAAAAAUUGAUGAAAAAAAUGUGUAUUAGUUAUAAAGUAUAAUUUUGUUUUGUUUCAACAAACAAGAAACUACUUAAAAGUACAAUCUAAAUCAACCACAAUAAGAAAAUAAAUAAUGCGACAAAAAAAUUAUUUGUAAAUCCCACCUUUUUUUUUAUGCACGGCACAUCUUGUAUCAAUAGGCCAUUUCUCUUGCCGAUGAUCGUUUGUAUUUUUAAAAUAUGCAAACAAGGAGGCAAAAAAACAUUGGCAAUGUAACAAAAAAACAUAAUCCUACUAUCAGCAACAAAAAAAACUACCGUUACUAUUGUAAAUAGAUAGUUACAUGAUUUUAUAGCGUUUAAAAAUAGAAUGAGAAUAAAUUGUAUUCAAAAAUAAA